AUGCCAGCUGGAGUGGUUAAUUCAGCAUCGCGUUUUAUGGCACACCCUCCUCUGCUGCGUUUGCUAAUCGGCGGCAAACUGCUCAAAGGCGGCAGCACGUUUACUGUCCUGAACCCAGCCACUGGGAAGGAGUUAUUGCAAUGUCCCUCUGCAACCCCCGAGCAAUUGAAUGAUGCUAUCAAGAGUGCUAGCAAAGCGUUCACCACGUUUGGUUCAAAAGUUAGUAUUAAGGAGCGCGAGAAAAUGUUAUUCAACGCCGCCGAUAAGAUCGCAGAACACAGCGACGAAUUAGCGCAUUGGUUAACGCUUGAGCAAGGCAAGCCUCUCCGAGAUGCACGGUUUGAAGUCCGGGCUACCGUGGACCAGAUGAAGCUCAAACAAGACACCUCAGUCAUCGAUUCGAAGAUUCUCCGGGAUACGAACAAGGAACGUGCUACAUUGGUGUACAAGCCUCUCGGUGUUGUGGGUGCAAUUGCCCCGUGGAAUUUUCCGUUGCUCAUUGCGGCCACCAAGGUGUCCAUUGCCGUACUGACCGGCAACACUGUGGUGUUUAAACCAUCGCCAUGUACACCCGUAACCUCGUUGAUGAUGGGCAGUAUCAUCCACGAAUGCUUCCCUCCAGGUGUGGUCAAUGUCAUUGCUGGUGGCAACGACAUAGGUGAACGUCUUGUGGCGCAUCCAGAUAUCGCUAAGAUCUCGUUCACAGGCUCAGUCCCCACGGGAAAGGCCAUACGCAAGGCCUGCACAGACCACAUGAAGCGGUGCACACUCGAGUUGGGUGGCAAUGACCCAGCCAUCGUACUGGCCGAUGCCGAUGUGCCCCGUGCAGCAAAGGGCAUCUUCUCCACAGCGUUCGCAAACACGGGACAGGUGUGCUGCGCUAUUAAGCGUGUGUACGUACCGCGUGCGUUACACGCCGAGUUCUGUGAGAGCAUCAGCGGGUUUGCACAGGCCGCCACUGUGGGCGACGGGCAGGAGAAGGCUACAACACACGGGCCACUACAGAACAAGAUGCAGUUCAACAAGGUGACCGAGCUGUUGCAGGAUACUAUUGCAAACGGGGCGACGGUGCACUGUGGUGGUCUGCCAACAGACUUGUCGGGUGCGGGCGGCUACCACUUCCCGCUCACAGUCGUCAGUGGGGUAGACGACGAGUCUCGCAUUGUCUCUGAGGAACAGUUCGGUCCUGUCCUGCCAAUCCUCGCGUACGAUACAGAGGAAGAAGCCAUCGAGCGAGCCAACAACACGCGCUUUGGCCUCGGCUCCAGCGUAUGGGGCACAGACCUGGAUCACUGCGUGGAUGUCGGUAUGCAACUCAACAGUGGUAUGAUGUGGGUCAACAAGCAUUUGGAUUUACCGGCUACCGACCCCUUCGGCGGACACAAGGAAAGUGGCCUGGGUAGGGAAGGAGGCGAAUCAGGGCUGAAGGCGUAUGUCGAAGAGCAGAUGGUACUUGUGAGGAAAGCUUGAGAGGGUACGGAUGAAGGGGUGGGAGUAUGUCAGUGUCACGAAUCAGAAUCUGUCUCACAAGGCUGUGACUAGUGUCUCCUGUCUCGCUGUAUCAUUUCCUCGUCUGCAAGCGAGUAAAACGUUCACUGACCGAUGCCUUAAGUGGACAUUGAGUGGGACAAUGAGACGACGGCUGUACGUGGAAGCGCACCUGCUAUUCAUGGGUAACGGGCCAGAAGCACCUUAACAGAGAGAAAAUGUGUUGUAGUCAUCCAGAUUGUAUACAUUGUUAUAGGUCAUUGACUUAAUGUAUUGAAAGGUUCGUGCUAUUGGUACCUCGGUGUGCACAGAAACGAUGGCCUGGGGAGAGAAUGUGGCGAGUCAAAAUGUAGUGCUUGUGGAGAAGUAGCUUUCAUCUGUGAACAAAGUGCUAUGAGAGGCUCGGUGGUUGAAUCAUAUUCUACCUAUGGUGAGAUAGAUGCAUUAUUGUUGAGUAGACAAACUGUUAUUGUAUUGUGUUCUAUAAAGAGGAGUGUACUGGCUGCUAAGGCGGGAAAGGGUAACUAGUGUAAGGCUGAAGUAUAAGUGUCAGCAAAGCACAAGAAAUUUCACUGUACAAGAUACGAGCUUUGUUCAGCUGAAGACUUUUACUUCGACUGCGAGCAAUAUUUAUUCUCGUUGUUUUGAUACAGAUGACCCGUUCCAGGGCAUCGGGAAACUGGUUUCGCUUGUAAGCCUCGCGAGUUGCGAGUUAGCACUGUAGGGUUUGUGAUGGAGUCCUACCACUGUUACUGGCGUACCUCGUGUCGUGACGUGUGUAUCAACAUAUUAAACGAUCCUUUCCCCAAGUCACAAGAUAGUAACCGAACAGAGGAAUUGACGUGCUGGGUCAUUAAACCGUUACUGACUGACACUCUGACAGCUGUUAGGAAUACCUGAUGGAGGGAAAUACAUCUAAAACCAG